GCUAAUGAUGUUGUUUAGUAAUUUUCAAAAGGUUUAUAUUUCCGCAAACGAUACUAUCAAUUGAAUAUUCUUUUCCGGUUGAACACCAGACUUGCAGUUAAUUAUCGAAUAUACGAUAUAAGGAAACUAUUAUUUACAUCAUCAUAUCAAUAACUAAAGCGGGAUAUUUUCUAGUCAUUAUAUGAAUGAACAGGAAUAUCUGAUAAAAUGCGGUGCUUGCUGUUGGUUGUCAUCCAAAGCGUAUUGGCAUCAGAAACAUUUGGUGAAAUUAUCCUAUCCAACAAAGCACAACACACUCAUACUGGAGAAACAGUUGUGUUGUCAUGCAAGUAUCCUGAUGGUGCCACAAGAAUCAGAUGGCGAAACUGGCAAGGAAUUAUUGCAAAAACCUCGAAUGUAGAAUCGAAACAUACUGUCGACCAAAAACGAUUCAAAGUUAUCGCAGACCACAUGAAGGGUGAAUACAAUCUUAAAAUGUCUGGUGUGAACCAAUCUGAUAGUGGUCUUUACUGGUGUGAAAUGCAAAUAGGUGGAGAAAUUACACAACAGAGGGUCACAUUGUACAUAGAUCAAUAUGGUGAAAUUGUCCUGUCCAAUAGGGCACAACACACUCAUAUUGGAGAAACAGUUGUUUUGCCGUGUAAGUAUCCUCAUGGUGCCAAGAAAAUCAGAUGGCGACGCUGGCAGGGUAUUAUUGCAAGAGGCUCCGAUUUGAAGCUGAAAAAUGCUGACGACCGUAAACGAUUUAAGGUUGCUGCCGAUCAAAUGAAGGGUGAAUACAAUCUUGAAAUAUCUGAUGUGGACCGAUCUGAUAGUGGUCUUUACUGGUGUGAAAUGCGAAUUGGUGGGAAAAUUAUGCAACAAAAGGUCACAUUGUACAUCGAUACAAAUAAAGAUGAUGAACUUGUACUUUCAAACAAAGCGCAUUAUGGUUAUGUUGGGGAAACAGUUGUUUUGUCAUGCAUGUUUCCUCGUGGAGCCACAAAGAUCAGAUGGCGUCGCUUGAAGGAAAUAAUUGCAAGAGGCUUGGAUUUAAAUGUGGAAAUCCCUGACACCCGCAAACGAUUUAAUAUUGUCGCUGAUCAAAUGGAGGGUGAAUACAAUCUUGAAAUAUCUGGUGUGAUACCAUCGGACAGUGGUCUUUAUUGGUGUGAAAUGCGAUUAGGAGGACACAUUAUGCAGCAAAAGGUCACACUGCACAUAGGCAAGUUUUUCUUUGAAAAUGUUGUGAUUUAGUGUAUGGAUAGUUCGUGAAGGUAACGAUGGAAAAAAAAACCAAAAACAUCAACACUUAAAUUUUUUAUUUAUCUCCUUAUUCUCUAUCCCUAUAUCAAAUAUUUUUUAAUAAUAAAACUAUCAAUAAUGUCCAAGAUUUUGAUAACUAGUGCAUUUUACAUGUUUUCAUGUCUUUUUUUUUUUUUUUUUAUAUAUGAUGCAUGUUGUACAUAUCGCAUCUGCAUCGGGGUAGAAGUAAAAGAAAUAUCAUGCUAUUAUCUACUGUUCAUAAAUCAAAACAGAAAUAUGAUAUAAGAGGACACAAAUAUAUCAUCGAACAUAUUUACAUUUAUAUAUAUAUAUAUUCAUAUAUUUUGCAACAUUUGUUUCAUCAUGUUUUCUGUGUUCUUUGUCAUAUAUUCCACAUGUAUCAUUUUGAAUUUCAAUUCAUAUUCAUAUUUCAUUUGACGAUUGACGACGAAUAUUUUGCGCUUAUUAUUACAAAACUGGCUAUACGAUACGGUAUGUAUUAAGUAUAUUUUAAUUAUGUUUACAUUUCAAAAUCAAUUCUACAGAGAAUUACUGUGCUGUUAUAUAUUUAGGUUUAAAUAUAUGCAAAUGCUUUGCAUGAACUCAAAAUUAUUGCUUUUGAUAUACAUGUUUUUUUUUGGUCAGCCUCGAUUCAUUAAACUAUAUAAAUUUUUUAAAUAUGUUCAUGUCAACGUAGGUCUACAAAUAAAAAAUAUCUUAAAAGUUUUUCCGAAACAUUUUAAAAACUUUUGACUGAUUGAACAAAAAAAAACAUUUUAAAUUUGAUUGUAACUUUCUGUAACAAUUCUGUCAUAGGAACGACGAUCAAUUAGUAUUUAAACGAUGUAGUUGUGUUUUUUUUUAUGGAUAUGCGGACCAAACUGGCUGUAGUACAUUUCUUAUUCGAAAUAGGAAGACGUGUACUAAAUGUCAACUAGACAGCUAACAGUCUACACUAUAAUACAAAUGAAAAACAAAUAAAAAUCAGCAUGCAAUUUUGGACGAUAUAUAAAAGGUACAAAAUUAAUACCGAGAAUAACAUAAAAUUAAUACCGAGAAUAACAUUUCUUAUCAAUUGUCGAGGAAACACCAAAGCAAGUUCGUUAGUUGCGUUCCGAUUUUUUUUUUUUGUAAAGUUAUGAUGUUUUGUAAAAUAUAUAGUAAAAGAUUUAAAUAUGCCUUUGUAAGUAAUUGUGGUUUUUUUUUCUAAUAUAAAAUAUUGUAUUUGUAGAUUGUGAUUCAAGGAUUGUGGUGACGUUUUGGACUUAUAUUAGUAUAUUGUUAAAUAAUGAUUUAGUUCUUUACAUGCUAUUCAAUACAAUUUAUUACAAUUCCUUGAUGUGUUUGUUAUUUUGAUGUUCCGUUUUGAAUUUUCCUCGGAGUUCCGUAUUUUUGUGAUUUUACUUUUUUCUCAAUGCAAAUAUAUCUUCAUUUGUUUUAUUUUGGGAAUUAUAAAAAAAAAGAUGAGCGUAACGAAGGACAGCAUUGCACUAAGGGUUCCAGAUGAAGGUCAAUCCAGAGACACGCUGUUAUGAAGUCAUAACAUUUGUUUCAUUUUCAUUAAAAAAAUGAAAACAGCACGUUUUAAUUUUCAUGGGUCCGAUGCUGCUGUUCUUGACCUUAUCCUAUCAAGAACAAUUAAAGACGAAUAUUUGAAUAAGAAGGAUGUAUACCAAAUGAAACAGUUAAAGAUCUUUAUAAUCAAAAAGGUCUUAUAAAAAUAGCCAAAUCCUUCAAAGACCAACUGUGCCAAAGGGAGUUAAUACCUUAGUUUAUAAACGGACAAUUUUUAAAAGAUCGAAAAUGAUCCACCAUUUGUCGAAGGACAUAUUUGUUUUUAACGCGAAAUUUAAAG